GCGGACAGGUUCCGCCGCCGCCUCCGCCGCCUCCGCCUCUUCUGCCACCGGGGUUUGUAUGAAAACACCGGGCGGCGGGCGGCGAAGGAUCCGCCGUGCGUCCAGCGAGCAGCCACCGGUGCUGACGGCGCGAAGCCGGGUGCCGAGCCUGGAGCGGCGGCUCUGCGCAGUCCCCGCCAGCGCCCCAUCCUGAGCCGAUUAUCUGCAAUGGUGAAAUGAAGUAACUCAAGAUGAGCAAGUUGAAAGUGAUACCAGAGAAAAGCCUUACCAAUAAUUCUCGGAUUGUGGGACUCCUGGCUCAGCUGGAGAAAAUCAAUACUGAAUCUACAGAAUCAGAUACUGCCAGAUAUGUUACAUCAAAAAUUCUUCAUUUGGCUCAAAGUCAAGAAAAAACAAGGAGAGAAAUGACAGCCAAAGGUUCUACAGGAAUGGAAAUUCUGCUGUCAACAUUAGAGAACACUAAAGAUCUUCAAACUAUGCUAAAUAUCUUGAGCAUUCUUGUUGAACUGGUUUCAGCUGGUGGAGGUCGAAGAGCGAGUUUCUUAGUCUCAAAAGGUGGUUCACAAAUAUUGUUACAACUACUUACAAAUGCCAGCAAAGAAUCUCCCCCACAUGAGGAGUUAAUGGUACAGAUUCAUUCUGUUCUAGCAAAGAUUGGACCAAAAGAUAAAAAAUUUGGAGUGAAAGCUAGAAUUAAUGGGGCUCUGAAUAUAACUCUGAGUUUGGUCAAACAGAAUUUGCAGAAUCAUCAUUUGGUUCUACCUUGUCUUCAGCUUUUAAGAGUGUAUUCUGCCAAUUCUGUGAAUUCAGUAUCCUUAGGGAAAAAUGGAGUUGUGGAACUGAUGUUUAAAAUCAUUGGACCAUUUAGUAAGAAGAAUUCAGGUCUUAUGAAGGUUGCUUUAGACACUCUUGCUGCAUUGCUAAAAUCAAAAACAAAUGCCAGGAGAGCUGUAGACAGAGGAUAUGUCCAAGUGCUUUUAAAUUAUGUAGAUUGGCAUCGCCAUGAUAAUCGGCAUAGAAACAUGCUCAUUCGGAAAGGAAUUUUACAGAGCUUAAAAAGUGUUACAAACAUCAAGUUGGGAAGAAAAGCAUUUAUUGAUGCCAAUGGGAUGAAAAUUCUGUAUAACACUUCACAAGAAUGUUUGGCAGUCAGGACUCUUGAUCCUCUUGUCAACACCUCCAGUCUUAUAAUGAGGAAGUGUUUCCAAAAUCGCCUGCCACUCCCAACAAUUAAGAGUUCUUUCCAUUUCCAGUUGCCAGUUAUUCCUGUUACUGGACCUGUGGCACAACUGUACAGUUUACCACCUGAAGUGGAUGACGUAGUAGAUGAAAGUGAUGACAACGAUGAUAUUGAUUUAGAAGCUGAAAGUGAGAUGGAAAAUGAAGAUGACCUAGAUCAAAAUUUUAAGAAUGAUGAUAUUGAAACAGAUAUCAACAAACUAAAACCCCAGCAAGUACCAGGACGAACAAUAGAAGAACUAAAAAUGUAUGAACACCUCUUCCCUGAACUCGUUGAUGAUUUUCAGGACUAUGAUUUAAUCUCCAAAGAACCAAAGCCUUUUGUAUUUGAGGGAAAAAUUCGUGGCCCAAUUGUUGUUCCCACUGCUGGAGAGGAUGCAUCUGGGAAUUCAGGCAAUUUAAGAAAAGGAACUGUAAUGAAGGAGAAAGUAUCUUCUAAAGGAGAAGAAGAUAAGAAACCUGAGUUUAUGGAUGUAGCAAAAGAAGAUAUUAAAACUGAUGACAGAACAUUACAACAGCAGCUAGGUGAUCAAAAUAGAACUAUUUUAUCAACCCAUGGCUUAAACAAUGAUAUUGUGAAGGCAUUGGACCGAAUCACAUUGCAGAAUAUUCCUUCUCAAACAGCCCCAGGUUUGACUGCAGAAGUGAAGAAAGACUGUAGUCUCCCUCUUGCUGUUCUCUCAUGCACUAAAGCAUGUCCACACAUGGCUACCUGUGGAAAUGUUCUUUUUGAGGGACGGACUGUUCAACUAGGGAAGCUCUGCUGUACUGGGGUUGAAACUGAAGAUGAUGAAGAUACUGAGUCUAAUUCAUCAGUGGAACAAGCAUCAGUUGAAGUACCUGAUGGACCUACACUCCAUGACCCAGACCUUUAUAUUGAGGUUGUGAAAAACACAAAGUCUGUCCCAGAAUAUUCAGAGGUGGCUUAUCCUGAUUACUUUGGUCACAUUCCACCUCCAUUCAAAGAGCCUAUUUUAGAAAGGCCUUAUGGUGUACAAAGGACAAAAAUUGCUCAAGAUAUUGAGAGGCUAAUACAUCAGACUGAUAUCAUAGAUCGAGUGGUAUAUGACUUGGAUAACCCAAAUUACACCAUUCCAGAAGAAGGAGAUAUUUUGAAGUUUAACUCCAAAUUUGAAUCUGGGAAUCUGCGCAAAGUAAUCCAAAUAAGAAAAAAUGAAUAUGAUCUUAUUCUGAACUCAGAUAUAAACAGCAAUCAUUAUCAUCAGUGGUUUUACUUUGAAGUCAGUGGAAUGCGGCCAGGUGUUGCUUAUAGGUUUAACAUCAUUAACUGUGAAAAGUCCAACAGUCAGUUCAAUUAUGGUAUGCAACCACUCAUGUAUUCAGUUCAGGAAGCAUUAAAUGCCAGACCAUGGUGGAUUCGUAUGGGGACUGACAUUUGUUACUAUAAAAAUCAUUUCUCAAGAAGUUCAGUUGCUGCAGGUGGACAAAAGGGAAAAUCCUACUAUACAAUUACUUUCACUGUCAAUUUUCCACAUAAAGAUGAUGUUUGCUACUUUGCUUAUCACUAUCCAUAUACGUAUUCAACUUUACAGAUGCAUCUUCAAAAAUUGGAAUCAGCACACAAUCCUCAGCAAAUCUAUUUUCGAAAAGAUGUGUUAUGUGAAACCUUGUCUGGAAACAGCUGUCCCUUGGUGACUAUAACAGCAAUGCCAGAGUCUAAUUAUUAUGAACAUAUCUGUCAAUUCAGAAAUCGCCCUUACGUUUUCUUAUCUGCUCGGGUACAUCCUGGAGAAACUAAUGCAAGUUGGGUUAUGAAAGGAACAUUGGAAUAUCUCAUGAGUAAUAACCCUACUGCUCAGAGCUUGCGAGAAUCCUAUAUUUUUAAAAUUGUCCCUAUGCUAAAUCCAGAUGGUGUCAUCAAUGGAAAUCACCGCUGUUCUUUAAGUGGAGAGGAUUUGAAUAGACAGUGGCAAAGUCCAAAUCCAGAUUUACAUCCUACAAUUUACCAUGCUAAGGGUCUGCUACAAUACCUGGCUGCAGUGAAACGUUUACCUCUGGUUUAUUGUGAUUAUCAUGGCCAUUCUCGAAAGAAGAAUGUAUUUAUGUAUGGAUGCAGCAUCAAAGAGACAGUGUGGCAUACCAAUGAUAAUGCCUCUUCAUGUGAUAUUGUAGAAGAUAUGGGAUAUAGGACUUUGCCUAAGAUACUGAGCCACAUUGCCCCAGCAUUUUGUAUGAGCAGCUGUAGCUUUGUAGUGGAAAAAUCUAAAGAAUCCACAGCACGUGUUGUAGUUUGGCGGGAGAUAGGAGUACAGAGAAGCUACACCAUGGAAAGUACUUUGUGUGGCUGUGAUCAGGGAAAAUACAAGGGUUUACAGAUUGGUACUCGAGAAUUAGAAGAGAUGGGAGCAAAAUUUUGUGUUGGUCUGCUGCGUUUAAAAAGACUGACAUCUCCAUUGGAGUAUAAUCUGCCUUCCAGCUUGCUUGACUUUGAAAACGACCUAAUUGAAUCAAGCUGCAAAGUAACUAGCCCUACCACUUAUGUUUUGGAUGAAGAUGAACCUCGAUUCCUUGAAGAAAUUGAUUACAGUGCAGAAAGUAAUGAUGAGUUAGAUAUUGAAUUGGCUGAAAAUGCAGGAGAUUAUGAACCUUCUGCUCAAGAAGAAGUACUUUCUGACUCUGAAUUAUCAAGAACAUAUCUACCUUGAACCCUUUGCCAUAUCUUGUUAACUGCAAAGAAGAAAUGAAAUAUCUUGGUUUUUAUUACACAGGAAAUUUGAGAGAAAUGAGUUUAUAGAGAACUGACUCAAAAAAACACAAAAAACAAAAAAAACAAAAAGUAACUUGGGCCUGUUUGGUUUCAAGACAAUAAAUAUGUUAUUAAUUCAUGA